AGGCCCGGCUCAGCUCGGCUCUUUCAGAGAGAGAGAGAGCUCAGAGCUGUGAGGCGGUCCAGCAGCGGAGCCUGUCUGAAAGGAGAGGGCUCAAAGCUAGCGGACUGAGGCCCCCGAUCCAGAGCCGGCGCCCCUGCCAUCCCGGGGAGCCGGCCAUGCCUCCGCGGGAGCUGGCUGAGCCGGAGCCGCCGCCGGUCAGGGCCCCGACUCCUCCCCCGCGGCGGGGCAGCGCGCCUCCGGAGCUGGGCAUCAAGUGCGUGCUGGUGGGCGACGGGGCGGUGGGCAAGAGCAGCCUCAUCGUCAGUUACACCUGCAAUGGGUACCCCGCCUGCUAUCGGCCCACGGCGCUGGACACCUUCUCCGUACAAGUCUUGGUGGAUGGAGCACCAGUCCGGAUUGAGCUCUGGGACACAGCUGGCCAGGAGGACUUCGACCGCCUUCGAUCCCUCUGUUACCCAGACACAGACGUCUUCCUGGCCUGCUUCAGCGUCGUGCAGCCUGGCUCCUUCCAAAACAUCACAGAGAAGUGGCUGCCUGAGAUUCGAACCCACAACCCCCAGGCUCCUGUUUUGCUAGUGGGCACUCAGGCUGAUUUGCGGGAUGAUGUUAAUGUACUGAUCCAGUUGGACCAGGGGGGUCGGGAAACACCUGUGCCCCAUCCCCAGGCUCAGGGUUUGGCUGAGAAGAUCCGAGCCCGGGGGUACCUGGAGUGCUCUGCUCUAACUCAAAAGAACUUGAAGGAGGUGUUUGACGCAGCUAUUCUCAGUGCCAUUGAGCACAAAGCUAGAUUGGAGAAGAAGCUCAACGCCAAGGGCGUCCGGACGCUCUCCCGGUGCAGAUGGAAGAAAUUCUUCUGCUUUGUUUGAGCCCCUGCAGUGGGGAGGGGAGCAGGAGGCCUGGAACCAUGGGGUCAUGGGAGACCUUGGAGCUGCUGACAGGAGCAGAGCCUGGGUCACCUUCACGUGGUGUGGAUCCUUCCUGGUAAUUGUAGGAACAGGGAGCUGAUAACUGUUCACUUUAUUUUACCUAUUUGGAACUAAGACCUAUAGGAGGGAAGGUGCCUAGAAUCUGCUUCUGAGGGCCAGUUCACCCUUUAGAAAGAAGCAUAUUCCUUCAGGUGACUAGCAUAGCCAAUGGUCCUCAUUCAAUGGGGUUUUCCAGCAUGGGUCCCCAAGCCAAUACAACUCUGAACAAGGAAGAAUCCUUGCUUGGGUUCCCUCCAGGAAAAUGUCAGUCCCUUAUGGCUCACAGAUUCUGGCAAGAGGAAGGGGGGACGUGGCUAGAACAUCUCAGCACUCUGAAUUCAUCCAAGAGGGCAGCAAGCGGAAAUCGAGAAGCACUGACAAUAGCAGAGAGGGCUCUGAGGAACCUUGGCCAAGGUUCUGUAAUGGAAGAAGAGACAGAAAGGAAGGUACCAGAAUGGUGGGACAUGGUGGGUGUGGUUGGAGUAUAAGGAGAAAGCUCAGAGAAGAGUAGGCUUGGUAGAGAGUGAGAAGACGGGGAAGUUGGGAGAUGCUACAAUGGAAGAGGGAUCUUUGGGAACCAGACCAUUUAGCAUAAGAGAUAAGGGAGCUAGGAGCAGGGAGAGGGGGGAGGGAAAAGACUGUUGCUGAGAAGGGAUGGGAGGGACCUGUCAAGGGCUCCUCCUUAGACUUGCCCUCAGCCCAGUCUCUGCCUAAGGCCAGAGAGGGAGGGGCCGCCUGAGGUGCUGAUGAGAAGAGCUCCCUUUCUCACUCAAUCCUCUUGACUACUGCCCAAACUGGCUGGACUGGAGUGGGGGUGAGGGCUGAAUCUUGGAGAAGGGGGUUCCUGGAGGGGAGGGGCCACAGCAGCAAUUGGGAGAAGCAGAGGGGAGGGCUCUGAAGACUGUACCCCAACCUUCUCCAUUGACGGUCCAGUCCCUAAUAAGGCAAGAUGGAAGGGACUCUGUGGAGCAAUGUC